AAGGCAGUGGGGGAGAUGGAAGAACAGCUGUGUGAUGCCUUCCCUCUUGGUCGCAGGACGGGGCAGCAUCUGGACACAGCCAUGGAGUGGAGGCUGCUUCCCGCGGGCCUGCUGCUGUUCUGCUCGGCUGUCCUCAUUCCUCAGGCCUCAUCUAAAGAUUUAUCAAGCUGUGCAGGGAGAUGUGGGGAAGGGUAUUCUAGAGAUGCCAUCUGCAACUGUGAUUAUAACUGUCAACACUACACGGAGUGCUGCCCUGACUUCAAGAAAGUCUGCACGGUGGAGCUCUCCUGUAAGGGCCGCUGCUUCGAGUCCUUUGCCAGAGGCAGGGAGUGUGACUGUGAUGCCCAGUGUAAGACGUACGGCAAAUGCUGCUCCGACUACGAGGAAUUCUGCCAAGAAGUGCACAAUCCCACAUCACCACCAACUUCCAAGCCGGCACCUCUGCCUCCAGGAGCACCUCAAAGCAUCAAAUCAACAACUAAACGCUCACCCAAAUCACCAAACAAGAAGAAGACUAAGAAAGUUAUAGAAUCAGAGGAAAUAACAGAAGAACAUUCUGUUUCUGAAAAUCAAGAGUCCUCCUCCUCCUCCUCUUCCUCUUCAACUAUUCGGAAAGUCAAGUCUUCCAAAAACUCAGCUGCUAAUAGAGAAUUACAGAAGAAACCCAAAGUGAAAGACAACAAGAAAAAAAGAACUCCUAAAGAGGAACCUAGUUCAAAGCCACCAGCAGCAGACGACACUGGAAGUGGACUGGACAGUGGUGACCCUAAGCCCACCCCAACGCCUGAUGUCUCCACCACAGCACGUAGUAAGGUUACCUCACCUCCCAAAGCUACAACGGUAAAGCCAGCAAAUCCUAAACCGAGUUCUCCACCUCAUCCUGACAAAUCCAAAGAGAAACCUCCCAAAACCAAUAAGGAGACUACAGCUGAAACUAAGACUACUGAAACAAACAAACAGAUGUCCACCAGUGCAAAAGAGAAGACAACCUCAGUUAAAGAGACACGGACCGCAGACAAAACACCUGCUAAAGAUUCUACACCCGCACCGAAACCUCCUGCUAAGCCUACCCCCAAAGCAGAAACUACAACGAAAGGCCCUGUUCUCACGACCCCUAAAGAACCUGGGGCCACCCCCCCCAAGGAAGCUGCUCCUACUACUGCUAAGCAGGCAGCCCCUACUACCCCUAAGGGGGCAGCCCCCACCACACCCAAGGAGCCUGCCCCCACCACGACCAAGGAGCCUGCCCCCACCACGACCAAGGAGCCUGCCCCCACCACGACCAAGGAGACUGCUCCCACCACGACCAAGGAGCCUGCCCCCACCACGACCAAGGAGCCUGCUCCCACCACACCCAAGGAGCCUGCCCCCACCACGACCAAGGAGCCUGCCCCCACCACGACCAAGGAGCCUGCCCCCACCACGACCAAGGAGACUGCUCCCACCACGACCAAGGAGUCUGCCCCCACCACACCCAAGGAGCCUGCCCCCACCACGACCAAGGAGCCUGCUCCCACCACACCCAAGGAGCCUGCUCCCACCACACCCAAGGAGCCCGCCCCCACCACACCCAAGGAGCCCGCCCCCACCACACCCAAGGAGCCCGCCCCCACCACACCCAAGGAGCCCGCCCCCACCACACCCAAGGAGCCCGCUCCCACCACACCCAAGGAGCCCGCCCCCACCACACCCAAGGAGCCCGCCCCCACCACACCCAAGGAGCCCGCUCCCACCACACCCAAGGAGCCCGCUCCCACCACACCCAAGGAGCCCGCCCCUACCAUACCCAAGGAGCCCGCUCCCACCACACCCAAGGAGCCUGCCCCUACCAUACCCAAGGAGCCUGCUCCCACCACAACCAAGGAGCCUGCCCCCACCACACCCAAGGAGCCCGCUCCCACCACAACCAAGGAGCCCGCUCCCACCACAACCAAGGAGCCUGCCCCCACCACGACCAAGGAGUCUGCUCCCACCACGACCAAGGAGCCUGCCCCCACCACGACCAAGGAGCCCGCUCCCACCACGACCAAGGAGCCCGCUCCCACCACGACCAAGGAACCUGCUCCCAACUCCCCCAAGGAGCCUGCCCCAGACUCCCCCAAGGAGCCUGCCCCCGACUCCCCCAAGGAGCCUGCCCCCGACUCCCCCAAGCAGCCUGCCCCCGACUCCCCCAAGGAGCCUGCCCCCGACUCCCCCAAGCAGCCUGCCCCCGACUCCCCCAAGGAGCCUGCCCCCGACUCCCCCAAGGAGCCUGCCCCCGACUCCCCUAAGGCGCCUGCUCCGGACUCCCCCAAGGCGCCUGCUCCAAGUACUUCUCAGACACCUGCUGCAACUACCACCAUGCAGCCUCCUACUCAAUCAAAUGCUGAACCUUCUACUCCGAAGGCAACUACUUCUGUACCUAAAAUAACCACUGCAACCAAAAUGACAACUACUACUGAAGAGUCUACAAACAAACCUGAAGAAUCACCAGACGCAGAUACUGACACCAAAGCAACUGAUGCCAAACCUCCAAAACCAACUAAAGCACCGAAAAAGCCUACUUCCCCCCAAAAGCCAACCAAAGCCCCCAAGAAGCCUAUCUCCACCAGAAAGCCAAACGCAUCAAAAGUGAAGAAACCGAAGACUACUCCAACCCCCUCAAAGACAACCACACCAUCCUCUUCAGAACUGAACCCUACCACUGUGGCAGGCGCCCUGCUCCAAACCACCACCAAGCCCACUUCCACCCAGAAAGUAGAUGUCGCUGAAGCAAACCCUGGAGAAAAGCCUUUUGUGAUCCCCGGGCCCCCUGGGCUCAUCCCCCUAGUCAUCCCAGGUGGCGGGUACCUGGUGCGGGAACCCAGUGAACGCAUCAUCACCAGUCCCAUGCUUUCAGAUGAGACCAAUUUGUGCAAUGGUAAGCCGGUAGACGGACUGACUACACUGCGCAACGGGACGCUGGUUGCAUUCCGAGGUCAUUAUUUCUGGAUGCUGAACCCAUUUCAACCACCAUCCCCGCCUCGCAGAAUCACUGACGUCUGGGGCAUACCAUCCCCUAUCGACACAGUUUUUACCAGAUGCAACUGUGAGGGAAAAACUUUCUUCUUUAAGGAUUCUCAGUACUGGCGAUUCACCAAUGAUGUAAGAGACGUAGGGUAUCCCAAACCAAUCGCAAAAGGAUUUGGAGGACUAACUGGGAAAAUCGUGGCAGCUCUUUCAAUAGCUAAAUACAAGAACAGGCCUGAAUCUGUAUAUUUCUUCAAGAGAGGUGGCAACAUCCAGCAGUAUACUUACAAGCAGGAACCUGUCAGGAAGUGCCCUGGACGGUCCCCUAUAAAUUACUCCGUGUACGGGGAAACGGCACAGGUCAGGCGUCGGCGCUUUGAGCGUGCCCUGGGACCGCAAAUGCAAACCAUCAGAAUCCAGUACUCACCUGUCAGAGUCCAGUACCCGCCUGUCAGAGUCUCUUACCAAGACAAAGGCUUCCUGCAUAAUGAAGUGAAAGUAAGCACCAUAUGGAGCGGACUCCCAGGCCUGGUCACCUCAGCCAUCUCACUGCCCAAUGCCAGGAAGCCCGACGGCUAUGACUACUAUGCCUUCUCCAAGGAUCAAUACUAUAACAUCGAUGUGCCUACCAGAACAGCAAGAGCAAUUACUACUCGUUCCGGGCAGACGCUGUCCAAGAUCUGGUACAACUGCCCGUAGACGGAGGACGAAGGAAGAGCCAACUAUUUAAAAUGAAGAAGAGAAUGACACAUUUUGACACUGAAAUACAUUUUAUUAAUAAAGCAUGUUGAGACAAG